UACCCGGUGCCGGGGCAUUGUGCAUUGCUGACAGUGUGAUGAUAAUGACCGGCCCCUCCCCGCUGCCUGAGUCUGGGAAACCGGUGAGACCAGCAGCAGCAGCAGCAGCAGCAGCAGCCUGAGCUCAGGUGUCGCCUCCUCCUCCUCCCCCUGUGACUCCCCCUCCCUCCCGCACAGCAGUAGCAGCAGCAGCCCCGGUCCGUGCAAUGUAAGCGGGGAGUGCAGCUGGCAGCGGCCGCCCGGAGGACGGAGGGAGACCGGAGCGCCAAGAUGGGGGAGACUCAGAUAUACAGCCAGCGUUUGCAUGGAAUCAACGAGAAGCGCCGUAUACUCAGUGAGGUGGACAGGAUACAGCGGGAGCUGGAGCAGCAGAGGCUCAAACUGCAGCAACUGAAGAGGAAGUCUCUGCGAGAUCGCUGGUUGAUGGAUGGAUUGUCUCCUGCCCCCGGAGUAGAGCUAGAAAAUCCACUAAGUCCGACAGAGGAUAAAAUACACAGCCUGGAGCAGGAGUUGGAGAGCCUCCAGUUACAGCUGGUCCAUUUGGAAAACCCGGAACUGAACAGUACAAAAGCGAAGACAGUCCAGGAGACUACCCUACAUAAAGAGCUUGUGAAUGGCGCGAAUGGUGAUCGGAACCAAGAGGGAGCUAACCAGAAAGAGAAUCAUGAAGAAAAUCUGAUUAUAAAAGAUGAUGAACCACGGCAUAACAGCCAUGAUGAGACGCCAGAGAGAGAACUUACUGACCCAUCACUGAAAGAGACUGCGCAGGGUGAGCAUGGGCUGGUCGGACAGCCCAUACCAGCUCCUCGGGGGAGAAAAUCUCAGAAAAAUGACAAAGUGGAAGAUAACCUGCAUGUAGAACUUUCAGAACCUAAUGAACUGGAUGAAAGACGGAAACUGGAACAUUUUGACCAAGCUUCUGAAGCAAAUAACCCUGAGCCUCUGAAGCAAAAAGAAGAACAUAAAAAGCAAAACUUAAAUCACAUCGAUGAGCAUCAUGAUAAGAAAGCCGGGAAUCUUGAUAAGGGCAUGCAGCCAGAAGAUCCGAGUCUGGACCAAGAGCACAUGGCUAACAACAAAGACCCUCAUAACCAAAACUUGGAAUGUCUGGACAACAGUCUGGAACAUGAGCGACAAAACUCUGAACAUUGCACUCGGGAGUUGGGGCAUCUGGAUAUUAACGCAAGUACAGAAGACCAUAAAGUGGACAUCUCACAACCAAGUUUGUCAAACGAAGACAUCAGCAGUGUUACAGUCGAUCAACAUCAGAAUGACCAUGCAGCACUACUGGGUGACCACACAAACCCGGAGAUCCUUGAAAACCAAAAAGAUAUCCAAAAUGGAACACCAUCAAUUUCACCCACUCCUGAACCACCUCCGGAUCAUAGUUUACAGUUAACGACUGGUGAUCACAAAAAUGAGCAAAACUUAGAUGAAAAAGAAGUUUCAGGAUCAGUUAUCCAUGACCAAAGUCAAGACCAGAACGAAGAGUUUAUUAUAGCUGUGUUACCAGGGACCCAAGACAAUACUGUCGUGUUACUUACAGGUCAGGGUAAAGACGAUGACUCAACACAACCAGUGGAAGAUCCAAACAAAAACCCUUCACUGCCAUUCAAUGACCAGAACCUAGGUUCCUCCUCAUUGCCUAUCUACAAAGACCAGAGCCCAGUGCCACCAUCUGAGGAUCGAGAUAAAAUCACGACCCUGCUCUCUCAGCACCAGGAUCCCAGCACGUUGCUACCGGGUGAGCAUCAGAACCAAGCUGGACAAAUACACAUAUCACAAGUUGUGGUCAUACACGAUUCAGCACAUGACCAACACUGCUCUAACCAGCAACCAGGCACUUCCGCCUCCCACCGGCCUGGUGCAGUGGCAACAAACACUCCCGCCGAGUGCCAGCCCCUAUUACACAAAGCCCAAGAGGUUGAUGACCGUCAGCACCCACAUGGAACCAACACGGCUGAGACACGAGAUAAGGACACGCCUGUGAAAAAAAAGACCUGCCAGUGUUGUGUGGUUAUGUAAAUGAAUGGUGCACGACCUCUGCAAAGAUUUAUUCAGUUAAACAUGGAGGGCGUUUUGGAGUACGAUGCUCCAAUCCGUUGCUGGAAGUGCAGACUGCCUAUAUAGACAAAGUUUGUGCAAGAAUAGUUGAAAAAGACUAAAAAUGCCUCAUUGUCAAUAGCUAAUUAUUGCUAGUAUUACUACUUUUUUUAAAAUUAAGUUAGAUAGUAUCACUCAGUAUGAAAUAAUAAUAAUAACAACAAGAUUACAGAUGUCACAUAUAUAAAAUAUAUAUAUAUUUUUUGUCCAGAAAUGUUUUUAAAGUGCACUUGUUGGCCACACUCGGUGAGGGCGGCCAUUUUGUGUGCGGAAUUGAUACUCAUAAGUAUGCAGCCAAUACGUUCGCUAGGAACUAGUGACAUCACUCACCUAGGGCAAGCAGUGGGCACACUCUGAAAUAUUUUAAGGAGAUCUUUUUAAUGCACAAUCAGUAGUUAAUGAGAGACAGAUGUUAAUAAUUGUAUGAGUAUAUUCUUAAUAAAUGGAACAUGUAUUUUUCAUUCAGUAACUGAUCUAA